AUGAGGUCAAUCACAAGAGUUACAGUGGGUUUAAUAGUUGUGAGCCAAAUCAUCGACGAGCUUGUAGUCGCUUUGACAAUAUUCUCUUUCGUUAUCAACUACCUUGCCGGUCGAAACCCAACACGACGUCUACGCCGGGCCAGAUCCUACACCAUGGCUACUAGGAUCCCUGACCAGAUUCACCAUCUCCAUAGGCUGGUUUCCAUUUCUGACGAGUCAUGCCUCCGCAAUCUCCGCAUGGAUCGCAACGCUUUCGGGCGUCUUUGCUACAUUCUUCAGUACUCAGCUGGUUUGACCCUGACGAAAAACCUCUGUGUCGCCGAGCAAGUAGCGAUCUUCCUUAGCAUUGUGUCCCACCAUAAAAAGAACAGCGUGGUCAAGCAUGAUUUCAUACGUUCUGGACGCACGAUCCACAGACAUUUUCACCGUGUUUUGAAUUUAGUGAUUAAGUUGUACAACGUCCUCCUCGCCAAGCCAACUCCAAUUUCAGACGACUGUGUCGAAUUCCGGUGGAAAUGGUUCAAGGGCUGUCUUGGGGCAUUGGAUGGGACUUUCAUUAACGUACGUGUCCCUGAAGAUGAAAAGGGAAGGAAUCGAACCCGCAAGGGUCAUGUUGCUGUCAACGUCCUCGGUGUUUGCAACCCCAACAUGCAAUUUAUUUACGUUCUUUCUGGGUGGGAGGGUAGUGCGGCUGACAGUCGCGUACUUCGUGAUGCCGUCCACAGACCGGGUGGUCUUAGAAUCCCUUCAGGGAAUUACUACCUGUGUGACAAUGGAUACGCAAAUGCCGAAGGCUUCCUGACUCCGUACCGAGGUGUUCGCUACCAUCUACGAGAUUGGGACACUGGGGUAGGAGGACCCCAGAACUACCGGGAGUUUUUCAAUCUGAAGCACGCGUCAGCGCAUAACGUCAUCGAGCGGACCUUUGGUUUGCUCAAAAUGCGCUGGGGUAUUUUAAGGAGUCAGUCAUUCUACUCCACCAAGGUCCAAUCCCGGAUUAUAUUGGCUUGCUGCUUACAGCAUAACUUUCUAAGACAAGAAAUGCCUGAUGACCCGUUCGAAGCUGACUUGCCUACCGUAGGUGUUGAAGAGACGGAAGACGACGGGGAAAUAAUUAUGGACGUUGGAUCUGAUGAAGGAAGCAGCAUGCCCCGCCGCCGCGGUGGGAAUCGCGAUAGGCCUACCGUGCGCCGAGUUUGGACAACACUUGAAGAAGAAUGCCUUAUUGCAGCACUAAGGAAUUUGGUUGUAACCGGUUGGAAAUGCGAGAACGGGUUCAGGAAUGGGUAUCUGGGCCAAUUGGAGGCCUACAUUCUGAAGCACUUCCCACAUUCUAAUAUUAAGGCCGACCCACACAUUACUUCGAAACUGCACGUCUAG